GAUCAUUCGCAUUUAGCAAAUGUUGUUAUAUUAUAUAUUGCCAAAAGGUAACGAAUUUUUUUUAACAAAUCGAGCGAAAAACAAUACUUGAAACUAUCUACGAUACUAUUGGACUCGUUAUGCGAGAACGAAUGUGAUGCUCAGUAGUGGCGCAAAUUCAAAUGAAGUGAUUCUUCAGGCUGAAAGUGGUGAAACAGAAGUGACUAAAAAUGGAUUGUUUAAGGAUGAUUUAAAGGAUUCAUUUACCGACAAAAUGACACGUACGUUGAUACUAAAUGCAAAGGAACCCAAGUUAAUAGAGAAAACGCAUCUCGAUCAGCCAACGGAGAGCGGGAGCUUGUCGAACCUCUCCGACCGUAACGCUGGGAAUAUCAACACGAGUACCGUUGUCAAAACGAGAAAUUACAAUAAGAAAGGUGAUUUCGGCGAUAGGAAUAUGAGCAAUCAAACGUAUCGCAAUUCCAACAUUAUCAGUUCAAACGAAAUGUUGAACAUAACCUCAAUUUCUGGAAAAAACUUCAAUGCAGCCACUUUGCAAAGCAACUUACCGGAAGACAUGCGAAUAUCGAAGCUGUUGCGUCGAUUGUGCGUGGAGAAGAAUUCGGCGAAUGCAUCGGAUCUGUGUGGCAAAUUGAAAACAGUCAUAGUCGAACCCAACAAUACGGCAUACAUUCGUCGAUCGUUUGAUAUCCUAACCGAUUCGAUUGUUUACCUACUGAAAGAAUGUCCGCAAGAGUGUUUGAAUGAUAUUAUUGACAUUUUCGGUAUGAUGGGAUAUGUAAUUCGACACGACAUCACAACAUACAAAACCUGGAUCGUGAAAUCGUACAAAAAUCAACAGUUGCGAAUUCCCGUUAUGAAAGCACUACUCAAAACAUUGAAAAUGGACGCAGACACUCGCGAUAUGAUGCCGCAAAUUUUACCGAAAUUCAUCGAAUUGUUGAAGGAUUACCUGGAUGCUGCCGAAAAGACCGAACUAUUUGUCAUUAUCACGAAGACAAUCAAACAGUUCAGUUUAAACUAUCCGCGAGUAUUCGAGCCACAUUUCACUGACAUUGUUGACAUUGUGGUUGGCUGGCAUCUGGAAACGGAUCAGACUGACGAGUUUAAAGAACAUUGCUCGGAUGUGUUGCAAGGAUUUCAUUGGUUCUGGACGUUGGACACGAACUUUGCUAACAACUUAUUGAGCCAAUUUUUGGAGGAUAUCAUUGCAGCGGAAAGUGAAAUGGAUGGACGUGCAUCGCCUAGCUACGAACGGUCAACAACUCCCGAAAUAAGUAUCGCAUCGCUAAUUGGUGCCUUCAAUUCGGUGAUGAAAUGUACAUGGGAAUCAUCAGAGAAACUAGUGAAAACCGUCGGAAAUGACUUGCUGAUGGAGAGUUUCGAGAAAAUUGUCACAGUGACGACGAAAAUUUUACGCAGUAGUCCCAAUCACUGUGUCAUCGUCACCGGUAAUGAGUUUGUAUCUAUAGUUUUGGACUGUUAUGAGCACGGUAUUUCGGCUCCGCACGAGGAGUUGUUUUCAUUGAUACGAAUUCAGUUGGAGCACGUAAACAUGUUCAGUGAAAUGCAAAUAUCAAGCCUGCUCUACGUGAUACUCAAAACAUUGGUCGAGAUCAAGACUGACAUUCCGUUUGAUUUUAUUGCCGAACUGUUUAGCAGUGACUCGAAUUUGUGUUCCUUCAAAUUUGUCAAAUCAGCGUGCAUACAGGCUGCAUUGACGAAAAUCUAUCAUGAGGUGCUAAAUUUGAAAAAUAUUUCCUUCUUACAAGAAGCUUACAAACACAUCCUUCGUGACCUGGGAUCCGCUUUCAAAUCGCUAACAAACAACGCCGAUAUCAAAUGGCCAACAGAGCUGCCACCGAAUCUACCGCAGUAUACAGUUCCUCAAGCCGAAAUUAUAAUCAGUUUUUACCUGACAUCGUUGUCGUCGUUGGCUCUGUCAAAUUCAUCCAUUAUUGCAAUGUAUGGCCUGCAACCGAACAUCUUCGAACUGCUUGUGUUCGAACUACAAACGACAAAUUUGAGCAUAUGGUCGCACCACAAAGACAUCCACUAUGUUAUACUGACGUUCCUCUACGCACAUUGUCGAAAAAACCACUACUUCAUAUCGACUAGUAGUUUGUUGAACAGUGCCAAAGUGUCAACGACUUUCAACAACUUCAGUCUCGAAUCAACAUCAUCCAGUCCAACAUCACAUCAUUUCUCUAUGAUUUUAACAUUUCUGGACGAAAUCCUCAAUGCCAGUCCUCUGGAACGGCCACUGUCGUUGGUGUUUGAUUGGUGCAAGGAACUUUUUUCGGAAACGUCUCAAUAUUCAGAUGUAUUGAGUAACGAGUCAAAAUUCUCAUCAAUCAUACACAGCAUCGCUUUGCUGUCGGUCAAGGAGAGUAAUGUGAUAAAAAAUGAAUGCGCCAAUUGUCUUGACGCACUUUAUAACUUCGCCACGCUCAACGAUGACAUCUUAAAAGUCAUUGCCGAAGUCUGCUGUGUGCAUAUGUGUUCGAACGAUGCUAAUGUUCGGGAUCGAUUCUCAUACAUCUUUUCUACGUUGCCGCUGAACGUGUCGCUACAUCAAGUAAACGAUUAUACAGGCCUUGCUAAGGACAGAGCAAAGCAUAUUGCCUAUUAUCAACACUGGCACAAUUCGCGACAGACACAUGGUGAAAUGUCGGCAAAAUUUUUCAAGGAGUUCAUCAGUGCUCUCGCUUUCAAAGACGAUUCAGUAUUCAUCGAAGACAUGCUCAAAGAUAUGUUCACCAUGUGCUGGUACGAGGAGGAAGGAAAUGCUGGCGAAUUCAGCAAAAUCGCUUUAAGUGAUUUACGUUGCUUGGUAUCGUGGGCGCAAUGGGAAGCCGCCCAAUAUUGCGUAAAUAAUAAAUUGAGAACAUCGUUGGGCAAGCCACAAGAGACGUUCAUGAAAAUCGAGUCAAUCAUCAAAGAAGAUGCCCGCAUUUUAGCGAUGAAAGAGAAGGCCCCGAUAAAAGACGUGGACGCGCUGCUAGCCAACCAGAAACACACCAGGAUCUUGCUGGGUUUCUUGGAGGCAUUGGAAAAGGCCAUAUACAAUGCAUCAGAGGGAACUGCCUACGCUCUACCUGCACCAGAGAAACCGGCUAGAACGUUUUUCCAUAUAAACGCACCCACAUGUAAUGAAUGGUUCAAUCGUAUUCGCACAGCUGUUGAUUUGGUUGCGUUACAUUGUUUGGAACCGGAAAUGGUUAUACGAUAUUCGGAAUCAGUUCUGAAGAGUUUGGCAGCACAGAAUAAAACCAGUGAGCCAUUAUUCGAACAUACAUUAAUGUCACAUGCCUGGGCACUACUACGCAAUGGCGAAAGUGAUGCUCUUUAUGGAUUAUACGUUUGGACGAAAGCUGUAACGAACAGAAAGUUUGUUUGGGUUAAAUAUGGAGCUGAGCAAGCAGCGGGUCAUCGCGACUCUGCGAUCAGUGGCUACAAAUCGAUACUGAAGUCGACCGAAGAACCAAUUUUAGACCGUCACAUUCGAGAUUUUAUUGCCGAUCAACUGACAAUUUGUUACUUUUACCAAUAUCGAUGGACAGAAUUGCGUGAUUUUCUGAUCGAUGAGGAGAAAACGCAACGCGUCACAAUUCCACUCAUAUCGAUAACGUCAUCGCAAUUGAACGACAUCAUCGAAUUUAUACAAACCCGAGACAUUUCCGUAUUCAAGUUGGAUGACUGGGAGAUUUUAGAAAACGGAACGAAUGUUGUCAACGAUUUUUCGUACCACAAGCUCAUUUCUCUGGCAGAGAACACGCUAAUCAAACAAGACUUGAAUCCGGCAUCGUAUGACGAACAUAUAUCAAGAAUGUGCUCUUCGAUUGCACAUAGUUCUUUGCAGGAGUGUCUGCGUACAAAGUCACGCGAACAUUUGAACGAUGCGACAAUUUUGAAUCACCUCAGCCAUAAAAUGGUGCAGAAACUAACAACGGGUAAAACCAAUUUGGCCAAAUCGUUUUGUUUGGACAAAACAUUGGGAUCGGUGACUCUACUUCAAUUAUUCUGUUGGGCUGAUUUUACUGACGACUACUCUGACGAAGCGGAACAAGUUCGAAUCGAUUUGAGCUUGGACUUGUGCUCAUUAUCUCGAAAAGAACGGAAUUACGAUUUUUGUGAGACCACGUUAACGAAUUACUUUAACAAAAUUGGACUGUCUGAGCAACUUGCUAUACCGAGAGAAGAUUUAAACUUAAAACGAAUCUGCGAAGAGUUCCUGAAGCCAUCGGUGGCCACCAAUGUCGACUUUUACGAUGAGAAUACCACGAGAGCUGUUUACGAGACGGCUAAGUACAUGUACUGUUUCCCGGAUAAGAAAGAGACCGCAAUCCAAUUUGCUGCUUCUACUUCUAUUGGAAUUUGCCAGAAGAUUGCGUUGGCAUCUGAUGAUGAAAUGUUGAGUACGCGAGGAAGAGUUGCCAAAUUUUUAUUGUCACUGUCCGAAUGGGUUCAAGGAGAAAGUGAAAAGUUGUUGACCAACGAUUCGAUGUCACCGCUCAAUACACUAGUCUCUCCGAUGCCGGUCAUUUCACCAAAUUAUGAUGCCUGUACUACGUCGAUGAUACCAGCGAUUGACGUUGCAGUCGGUAAAAUAAUUCAGUACAGCAUCAAGCAAUGUCCAAGUUUGGCCAAAGCGUAUGGUGCCUUCGGAAGUUGGUGUUAUCGAUGGGGAAGAAAAAUGGUCGAACAACGUACGGAACAUGGUGAUAAGAACGGAUUGAGGAAAUCGGAUAUUGCUGCAAUCAACAAUUUGGUACCGAUGGCCUCGAGUGACGACAUUUCGAACAUAGUACAAAUACUAAACACGCAUCAAGUGGCAUCUGAUGACGAAGAGAUCGGUGUUGGUGAAGCAUUCUCUACCGAAAUGAUUGAGUCACAACUGCGAACUGUGCCGAUUUUGGCUGACCUCUCGGAAGAGCUCAUUCAUUCAGUUGUUGAAAUUUGGCGACAGGCACACAAGGCUGUUUACAGUUACUAUGAAAUGUCGGCCGAUGCAUAUUUCAAGUAUCUUCAAUUGUCAACCAACAACAUUGAAUCAGAUGAAAAUAGCGGAGAUUGCUCUGUGGUUACAGCUACUUUGAGAUUGCUGCGAUUAAUCGUAAAACAUGCUCUUGGAUUGCAAGAAGUCCUCGAGGGUGGCCUAGCAUCCACGCCAACGAAUCCUUGGAAAGUGAUCAUUCCUCAGCUGUUUUCGCGACUGAAUCAUCACGAGCCUUACGUUCGGAAAAGGGUGUCCGAAUUACUUUGUCGACUGGCUCAGGAUUCACCACAUUUGAUUAUCUUUCCUGCUGUAGUCGGAUCAGAUCAAGAAAGACAAAUGGACAUUACGGACAUUUCACUGGCAUCAAUCGAUCUCGAUCAGGACGAAGAGGAUCGAACCGAAUGCAAUACGGGUUUGACGUCGUGCUUCAAUUCGCUCCUGGAUAUUCUAGUCAAACAAACACCGGAAACUGUUCAUCAGGUUCAAUUGCUCGUCCGCGAACUGAAACGCGUUACAUUGUUGUGGGAUGAAUUGUGGUUGGUAGCAUUGAAUCAGGCAUACUCCGAAUGCGCCAAACGUCUGACAGUCUUUGAAAAUGAUCUGAAAAAGAUGAGUGAAGCCGAACAGAACGAAAAAAUUGCAGUUCUGUCCAAAAAGUAUAAGUUGUUGAUGAAACCUGUUGUGUUUGUGAUGGAACGCUUGCAAGAGAUUACAGCAGUAAAGCCGGAAACAAACAACGAACGAAUGUUCCAAGAAAAAUAUUCGUCGAUCAUUGCGGAGACAAUAGCCGCAAUCCAAACGGACUUUAAUUUAGCCAAUCCGAACGAAUCGUGGUUGAAGUUCAAAAAUUUCUACUCUUUGCUGCAACAGCGUGCACAAAAGCGUUCGUCUUGCACACUAAAAAUGUUGGAUAUAAGUCCCGUUUUAGCGCAAAUGAAAAACACUGCCAUAUCGAUGCCCGGUGUAGACAACGAUACACGACAUUCCGUUAACAUUAAAGCUGUUGAUAAUGUUGUCCACAUUCUUCCAACGAAAACGAAACCAAAAAAACUGGUUUUCCAUGGCUGUGAUGGUAAGCGGUAUACGUACCUAUUCAAAGGAUUGGAGGACCUGCAUUUGGACGAACGUAUUAUGCAGUUCCUAUCUAUAGCCAAUUCAAUGAUGACAAAAUCGGCAGAUUGUAAUGGAAACAUCUCUAAAUAUCGAGCUAGACACUACUCCGUAAUUCCACUUGGCGGUCGAUCGGGACUCAUUAGUUGGGUGGAUGGAGUGACACCAAUCUUUGCACUGUACAAAAAGUGGCAGCAAAGAGACGCCGCCAAUCUAAAAAAAGAUAAAAAACAAAGUCUCAGUCGACCAUCAGAAUUGUUCCUGAGCAAACUCGCUCCACUGUUGGCUCAACAUAACCUGAAAGUAACCGACAAUCGUAAGGAAUGGCCAUUGGAAGUAUUGAAACAAGUGUUGUCGGAACUAUCGGCAGAAACUCCACACGACCUCUUGUCGAAGGAAUUAUGGUGUUACAGCACCAAUGCGGCCCAAUGGCGACAAGUGAUACGGAAUUAUUCUCAAUCAAUCGCUGUGAUGAGUGUUAUCGGUUACGUGAUCGGUUUGGGUGAUCGUCACUUGGACAAUAUUUUAAUUGAACUGUCUAGUGGUGAAGUUGUGCAUAUCGAUUACAAUGUAUGCUUUGAGAAGGGAAAAACGUUGAGAGUGCCCGAAAAAGUGCCAUUCCGAAUGACACCGAAUUUGGAGGAAGCGUUGGGUGUGACUGGUAUUGAGGGUACAUUUCGUCUCGCUUGUGAACAUGUACUGAAAGCACUGAAACGUGGCCGAGAAACUCUAUUAACUCUGUUGGAAGCAUUCGUUUACGAUCCACUUGUUGAUUGGGCCGUCGGCGAAGAUGGUGAUGGUGCCUUAGCUGUCUCAGCUUACGGAGGGGACGCUCUUGGCGGCGAUUUAAGACACGCCAGAAAACAGUUGGAACAAGAAGUAACCAGAGAUACGCUGGCUAUACGAUUUACUGAAAUUAAAUCGGACUGGACGAAGAAUCGCAAUGAUGUGUACCAUCAGUUGAAGCAAAUGAAGAAUCAUCUUCAAAUACUGCAACAUCAACGCAUCCAACUAAAACACAUUGAGUCGACGCGAGGUACGCUAUCAAAUCAACUGGCAAUGGUUCGUGAAGCCGAAGCUUUGGGUGCGGCUAUGGGUAGUCAUUCGCUGAACACGCUGUCGCAACGAUAUGCUGUUUAUAAGCGAACGAAAAAUGAAUUCAACGCAACAAAACAUGCUCUCAUAGAGAAGUCGGAACAAUGCUUCGGUCAAAUUGCAACCUACAAAGAUUACAUGAAAAAUAUUGCCAAUCAUUUCAUCAGCGACAACCUAAUAGAAUUGAAUGACCUGGUCAACACGGAAAUUCUGUCCGAAUUCGAUUUGGUUUGGGAGUUUUUAGAAAACAGUGCGCAAAAUUUGAUAUUUCUUCAAGGUAACCAAACGAAUAAAGAAUUAUUGGCGGCAAUACAUCAGCAAACCAAUUUGGUGAAACAAAUAUUCGAAUGGCUUGUACAAUACGGGAAUGUAGUCAAUUGCCAUCCACUUCGCUACAUCGAACAACAUCGUCUAUUCCAAUACGCUCAAUGGUGCAAUCACUUAACCGGCACCGAAUCGGCCCAGUCCUGUCGCGAUGUAAUGGAACAAUUUCAAAAUUCGUUUGGAGAAAAUGUUAUUCCAGCCUCGGUACAGCAAGCUUUAACAUUAGCGUUCAACCUACAGAAUGUCGUUUCUGAGGAGACUAUCAAACUGUCGAAUUGCUACGAAAAAUACCAACAGUCAAUGGACUCAGACGAAUCGAAUAUUAUGCGACUGGACAAUGUGCACAGUGAUGCCAAAUCGGCCAUUUCACUGUUUUUAUUGGAAGAAAAUGGAGCGGUGCGAGCGCUUGAAUGUGUUACAUUAACCGCACUCUGUGAUUUGAACAAGAAACUGUUGGUUAUGGAAAAUGCAUUUUCUAAUUCUGGCGAUGCUUUGGUGGAUUUAACCUUGAACGGCAAAUGGUUCUUCGACGAAUUGUUUGUUCUGUCUUCCACCAUCACCGAAUUGACCGAUUUGAUUUGCGAAAACGAUACAUUCGAUUCUGCAUUCAUGGCCGCAGUCGAUUGUUUACAUGCAUCGAAGGAGACGUACGCAAGUUUGUCGGACAUGAACAACACUUUCGUCAGCAGCAUCCUUACGAAAGUCAUUCAUGGCAUAAUAUCGGAAGAUACAAGUGUACUGGAAAUGAUCUCAGCACUGUCCAGCCUGCAAGACGGCCUUCAAACCAUCCAAGAAUUGCUAACGAACUUGCACUUACAUUUACGAUGCACCGUAAUGAACACCGAAUCAAUUCAUGCGGGCAGCAUGGAAGAUGCGAAGAUUUUGCGGUUGCGAUUGGAUCAAUUACGAGCACAGUUCGAUACGAACGGAAAAUCGAUGGGCAGCGAAUUGUUCCUAUCGUUCAUAAAAUUGUUUGAUGUGGUUGACGAGAAGCAUAAUCAUUUGGUGUCACUGAUGGGUCAAUUGAACAUACCAGUGGAAUGGAAGAAAAUCGAUCAAGUCAAGGACUCCAGAGAUCUGGCAGCUUUAAUAUUCAAUCCAUCGAUACGUCCGAUUCUGGAAAUGAUUUGCUCUGUGAAACGUCAAGAAGCCAUGAUCGAAAUAUUCAGUCAAUGUUUGCAAUUCGCCUGUACAUAUAAAGGAAAUGGAAUUUGUAGCACCUACGAUGACGAUGCAUUGUCUCGCCCGUUGAAGAAAUUUAUUGCUGAUCAUGUAUGGCGUUUACAGUUGGGCAUUGCUUCGCAUUCAAUGGCUGUAGCGCUGUGCCACUUAUUACAAAAAAUUGGUCUAGACGUUCAGUCUGAGAUCGAUGUACUGGAUGUUGGUGCCCGCAAUAAAGUGUCAUUGGAAGAGCUGUGCCGUAAGAGUGUCGACGGUUCGAUCAAACGUGGCCAGUUUUCGAAUAUUGCCUUGAACCAUGCGUCCACGUUGUGCAUGAAUUUCGAUUUGUCGUGGAGGAAAAAGGAAAGCAUCAAAUUGCUGGAAGCGUCGGUGAAAAACCAAAGUGAAAUUUUAAAUAGAGCCCAGCUGCUGCUUACAUCACUCAUAUGGAUGAAUGAAGAAUUUACGGCAUCUCAGACAAAUUUUGCAAUCGUUCCUCCGAUCAACCGUACCACUCUCUUGUUACAACUGAGUACGUCGAUGAAAACGGUGAUGUCGUGGCAAGCAACUAUCAAGAAAAUACGCGAAGAGAUAGGAAGUCUAGUGGCGGCUAUUGUUCAACGAUUGAAAUGGGCAGCCGGUGCAAAUCCAGCCAUCAUUGAAUUAUUCACGUCGUUUACGAACACUGUAAACUCGAAUAAACUUUACUUCGAUCGAUGCGCGAAAUUGGCUUCCAUAGCAGUGAACUACUGUGACUCUGUACUGCACUAUGAAGCGCUACGCUUGCGGACCACCGAUGCAUCGGUGCAGGAUCAAAUGUUUUUGAGUUUAGUAUCUCGAUGGGAGAAAAGCUGCAUGCUAACUGUGUCUUGCGCUAAUGCCGUAUCACCGGCAGAAGAAGCUCUAGUUGAAUUACUCGACCCAGAAGGUCCAAUCGAUCAUGUUUGGUUGGGCAAUGUGGCGGCAUUGAUUGACGACAUGACCGAUCAAGUGCAGAACGAAAUCAAUCAAGUGGAAAAGGACAUUUUCACGUCGCAGGAUAAUCUCUACAGCGAUGCACAACGUCUACGGACGUUAAUGGGAAUUCAUCAUCGAAUGGCUGGCGAGGUGCGUACAUUACUCCGAUCAACUUUGCGUGUAGACGGACCGCACGUCAAUUCGAUAAAAGAUUAUUUGAAGAGAUACAAGGAUUUCUUGGACGUUGUGUCUGAUUUGCACGGCAAUGUUCUGAGCAAAGAUUUUACCGAACAAAUUGUCAAUGGAACACUGGUCCAGAUCACUGCGGCCCUGGGUGAAUUACAUGGCGUUUUCGACGAUUUGUUUUCGUUUGAGAAAGACUUUAAGGAUGGCGUCGAAGGUGAGGACCGGCAACAGGAUAGUUCAAUGAUUAGUCCGACAAGGAAAAGUAAGAAAGGUGCGCAAACCCAACAAAAGCGUAACGCAUACGCUGUAUCGGUUUGGCGUCGUAUUCGAAUGAAAUUGGAGGGUCGCGAUCCCGAUCCGAAUCGUCGUUGUGCCGUUCCCGAGCAAGUCGACUGGAUGAUCCGCGAAGCAAUGAAUCCUGACAAUUUAGCUGUUCUUUAUGAGGGAUGGACACCAUGGGUUUGAACGACUAAAAGGAUAACAUGGAAACAAUUAUAACGAAAUAACGGAAAAACGGUAUAACUCGGCACAUUACGUUGGCCGACCAUAUUUUUUUGUGGUAAAAAAUUGUUUAAAAAAAAUCAAACAACAAAAUCAACUUUUUGUAACAUUCACACACCAACAAAAUCCGCCAAACAAAAAAAACCAUUCGCAUUUGUUGUAUGGGUAUGUACGUUACCCACAUGCAAUACACAAAGUGGGGAUAAGCCAAUCCAUAUUCAAAUCAAAAGAAAAAACUCAAUUGUUCUAGCCGGAAUGAUUCGGUGUUCGGGUGUGUGAGUUUGCAGUCGUAAGUUUUUCUUUAUCAACGUGAUGUCCAACUUGGAAACUAAAAAUUAUAGAAAUAAACAAACAAAAUAUCCAAUUUCUGAAAACCAAACGCCAGACAGUUUUUUCGACAAACAAUAUUCGUGAGUCUUAAUGUUACCUUCAAAAUAAUUACAAAAAUAAAAUUAAAUGAAAGACAAAAGCGAAUUUUACGGAAAACAAAAAAAGCAAAAAAAAGGAACAAAAAAAAAAACUCUCAAGAAAUUGAGCAAGAAAAGCAAAGAAAAGAAGUACUGAGAAUGACACUCAUGGUUGCUUACAUUAACGAUAAAGUAGACGAUACUAAAAAGGCAUGGCCUUUUCUUUCUUCAAAUUGUUAAUCACAUUUAUUGCUUAAAAUUAAACUAUUUUCUGGAUUUAGUAAACGAAAUAGAAUCGGGAAAAUGCCUUAAACAGUCCAAGAAAUUCUAUAGUCAAGCUUCAGCUCACAUAGUGAGAAAACGUUCAUUUGUCGUUCAUUUUGAGGUGAGACUUUUCUUUCUUCGUUGAUUUCACUUUAUGUUUAUGUCUAUCGUCGGUCAUCCUUCCAUUUUUUCAUUAUUUUUAUUGAAUUCAAAACCUUUCUUUUGUGCGAUUCAAUCGUUAACAUUUUAAUUAGGCACGUUCAAAGACGUCUCAGCACAUCCCGCUAGCGUUUUUUUUUUUUUUUAAUUAAAAUAUCGCUACAGUCAAGGACUCGAUUUUGUCUUCAUCGUUGGCACACACACACAAAGUAUGAAUAUGAACUCCAUCAAGUGAACGCAAUGUUUAUUCUGAUUAUUUUUCGUUUAAAUGGCUGUGUUACACGAAACUUUGAGGAGCUCCGCAAUAAUUUUGCAUUCCGAG